AUGUCUACCUUAUCGCCAAAAUAUCAACAGUACCUAUCGAUGGCAGAUGACAUCCAACCUUCAGAUCCCUCAAGCAGUCAACUGAAUAGUGAGAACAUCUCAGAAGUCAUGCGAUUUAUCCAAACCCAUGUGUCUUCACAAGGGUCUUCACAUUCAAGCGGAGCUCGGGAAAUGAUAAAGGCUGGACAAAGACGUAUACGACUGGCUCUUCGCAAUAAGAAAGGAGCGGACCCGAAGAUAAAGACCGACGAAACCUCUCGACACAUGUUGGCACUCCAACAAGAAGGUUAUCUCACUUCGUCUCUAGCUCGCAAACCAGGCCAUAAGAGUGCCGAUUCCACGGCAUCUACUUCGAGGUCCGUCUCGAGCCUCAGUUUUAAAUCAAACCCGAAACGGGAUGUCGAAACUAUCGGUCAACCAUGGCUGGAAGAUCCGCUCGAGGAAAGGCAUUCGCCCAGUUCUAACGGCAGUCAGGUGUCGUCACUCGACCUUCGAGAUCUUGCGUCCUUUGUUGAGGCUGCAGUGAACUUCUCUUGUCAGCCCGAAAGUCUCGCCCCUUCUGAGCACAACAGCUUGAAGGGUAUCGAGCAACCUCUCGGUCAGAAUCCUGCCUCCCCCACAAGGCCAGGACAAACCCCAAGGCCUCCAGCACCGUUGGUGACCAAACCUAAUACCUCAGUCAAUUCAGGUUUGAGCAGCUCAAGUGGUAACAAUGGGACCGAGACCUCAACACCGUCGCAGCCUAGUGAAUCGCGCCCAGCAAACAUUUUGCCGAAUACAGAAUUUCACGAACCUCUCGAAGACGUCAAGUCAAAAGAAGAAACCCGAACACUCGUCGCGAAAUUCCCCCAACCGUCAGCCGGCUUACAGAGUUCAUCCGCUCCAACAACACCGGCUUUAAAGCUCUUCCCUGACACCAUGCCUCCACGCAUCUCUAGUAAAGGGGCCUUGCGCAUUCCAAAUACCCGUGCGCCAACCCCUCACCGGCCUAUGUCAGGCACGUCGACCUCUGUCCCAAAAGUCUCUGCAGCAGCUGUCUCCGAAUCGAAGAGCCGAGAAACCAAAGUUUUGUCCCACGCCUUGCCUAAGAUUCAGGAAGCCCCUCGGGAGGCACACAAUGAAGACCUAGCUGCUGCUGAGCGACAAGAAUGCACUUUGAACCAUGACGAAGCGAGCCCGGUGCAAGAGAACUUUCCCCAAGCAAAAAAUAUACGGCGGUCCUCAUCUCUCCCAAUGGAAACGAUCGAGGCCUUUCCUCUCCCAGCACCGUUAAGACCACUUCCUACAGUUCCUAAGCCAGAGUUGCAAGACUUAGAAUCCACGAACUUGAUAUCCUCAGAAGACAAACAGCCCAAUCAACGCGAGCCAAAGCAAUCAGAUCUUGAUCCUCCAUUUGAACCUUCUUCCAAAAUAAGAAGCUCAAAGAAUGCCGCAGAGAAUGACAAUAGUUCUCUACAUGCCCGAGUGACACCAUCGCCGAGACUAGUAUUAGGUGCUAAAGAGCCAGCAAUUGCACAGAGCAGAAGUGCGGAAACGGAUCCAUCUGGCGAUUCCGGAUCUAACCCAUUCGUAAGAACCAAACAAAGUCGAGCAGAAAGGGCGCGUUCAUUGAGAAUGCAAGACCUUGCCACGAAUCGCAUCUAUCUUGACGGUUUUAAUGACAGCCAAAAUGAAGAGCGGCAAUCGUCUGAGUCACUCCGAGAGCCGGCAAUUGUGGAAAAUCGGGAUUAUAAAGCCCGAAUUCAUGCUGACCGACGAUGCCGAAGAGAAGCCUCGUCAAGUCAUUCAUCACCACCACCACCUCCCCCUCCAUCCAAUCCUCUACGGCACUCGUUCCCCGUACGACACAACUGCACUUCCCCAGGGAGCUCAAAGGCGGAAACUCGCGAGAGUAGCGAAACUUUGCCUAUCCCAUCUUCCAGCAGAACCUCUCGGGCGUACCGUAGUAGUCGUGCACAGAGUGCAGACACGAAACGUGAAAAUCCCACCCUGGAACCCCGUAUCCCCGAUCUCUCAGAGGCUCCUCUUCCUUCCUCAGAUGACGAGGUCACAGCAGGCGGGGUGUCCAUGCCACAGCCACGGGCGACAUCCGGGCGACGUCGACGAUCGAAACACGCACCUAUUGUUGUUGAUGAACUACCUUCUCACAGGGGACGUUCAUUGAAAAAGCACUACUCGAGAAACAUAAGCCCCCCAACACCACAGGGCCGUCGAAAGCAUGUUCCAGGGAAUCGCACACACAAGCAUCGUUCUCAGGGUUACCAGUCUUACAACUCUCAUGACUAUCAAGUUCCAGAGCCGAAGCCGAACCCUUCUCUCGAAGGGCGUAUCGAACACCUGGAGCGGCAAAACAAGAUCCUCCAGGCUGCGCUCCUCGCAGCUCUGGAUGUCGGGAUCAAACAGGAUCUUUCAAGUAUUCUGGGAGAAUCGACUGCGUCGUUCUCUACAAAUGCAAUCCAUCCACUCAGGGGACGGUCUUCCUCAGCUACGGUCAAUACCUCUGCCUCGGAGGAGCCCAAAAUCACACACGACAGACAUAAGAUGCACGACAAGCAGGAAAGACCCACCGGUAAAGGCAAACCUUUUUACCGACCAGAAAGUUGGAUUGCCAGUCCUGAUUCAUUCGGGAAAGACAGUUAUGCUAGUGAGGACAGUUCCAACGCCAGAGAACUGGAGGAUAUGAUUGAAGAAUUCGACCUCAACUGGGAGUCAGACAACUCACCAGCCAGCCAGAGGACCCGAAUUAUGUUUUAA